CCGCCGCGGCUCCCCCAGCCAUCGAUCAUCCAUCGCAAACAGCAAGCAAGCGUCGUAGCCACCGAGCCAGCCAGCCAGCCGCCCCUCGCCUCGCCCCGAGAAAACCAGCGAGCCUAAACCUCUCGCAAUGGCCGCCGGUAAUGGCAUCGUGGUGGUGUUCGAUUUCGACAAGACCAUCAUCGACGUCGACAGCGACAACUGGGUGGUGGACAGCCUGGGCCUCACGGAGGAGUUCGAACGCCUGCUCCCCACCAUGCCGUGGAACACCCUCAUGGACACCAUGAUGGGGGAGCUCCACGCGCGCGGGAGGACCCUGGGCGACUUCGCCGCGGCGCUGCUCGCGGCGCCCAUCGACCCGCGCGUGCCGGCCGCCAUCCGCGCUGCCGCCGCGCUCGGGUGCGACCUGCGCGUCCUCAGCGACGCCAACGCCUUCUUCAUCGAGACCGUGCUGGAGCACCACGGCCUCCGCGGCUGCUUCACCGAGGUCAACACCAACCCGAGCCGCGUCGACGCCGGCGGCCGCCUCCGCAUCGAGCCCUACCACGACUUCCUCCGCGGGGCGCCGCACGGGUGCGGCGUCGGCACCUGCCCGCCCAACAUGUGCAAGGGCCAGGUGCUGGACCGCAUCCUCCGCGAGGCCGCCGCCGGGGGCAGGAAGCCGCGCGUCAUCUACCUGGGCGACGGCCGCGGCGACUACUGCCCGGCGCUGCGGCUGGCGCGGGAGGACUUCGUGAUGCCGCGCCGCGGGUACCCCGUGUGGGACCUCAUCUGCGAGGACCCCGCGCGUGUGCAGGCCGAGGUGCACCCCUGGGCCGACGGCGCCGAGAUGGAGGCCACGCUGCUGGCGCUCGUCAGGAGGGCGCUCGUCGAGGACGCCGCCGCCGCCGCGCUGCUGCCGCUCGACUGCAAGCUCGAGUCCAGCAUACCCGCCGCCGCGCAGGACGGCGGCAUGCCCAUCAUGCCGCUCGGCGUCAAGAACUGACUCGACCAUUCCAGACCGGCCGGAAGAGAUUGCCGGUUCGGGUUCGUUCGUGGCGAUCGCGAGCUCGAUCGAACAACUGCGAGGCACGGCCGAUUAAUUACUAGUAGUGUCUAGCUGGAGUACUUAUUGACUAUAAUUUUUGUGCGUGGCGUAUCCCUGAUCGAGCCUGUCACCGCUGAAUUGGCGGCGGCUCACUGUAUCUUUCCUACCAACAAAGAUAAAAUUAAUGGAUGGAAUUCCACGACGACAAGCGAAA